AAGCGGAGACCUGAGAGAGAAGGUCGCGCAGCUGAGCUUAAGUUUUCCCUUCUAGUGUUGAGUCUGUGCUGCGCGGACCCCCUUACUCCAUCUUUAGGGUCUCCGAGGUUCUGCGGGCGUAACAGCCCAGCGCCCGCCGUCCGCCCCAGGAUAGACCUCUAAAGACUCAUGUUGUCUGAGGAAGAAGCCUGGAAGAGGAGGAAGAGGAAAGAACUGGAGUCUGCAAUGGCUCUUUCUCAGUUGUUUGAUCCCAAAUCAAAAAGGCACCUGUUGAGAUUACUCCUCUCUGCCCUUGGAUGCCGCCGAGUCAGCAUCGUUGACGUCUCCCCACUCCACCGCCAUCGUGUCUAAGUCAGAGUCUCCGAAAGAGCCCGAACAGCUGCGCAAGCUCUUCAUCGGAGGUUUGAGCUUUGAAACAACUGAUGAGAGUCUGAGGAGCCCUUGUGAGCAGUGGGGAGCGCUCACAGAUUGUGUGGUAAUGAGGGAUCCAAACACCAAGCGCUCCAGAGGCUUUGGGUUUGUCACAUAUGCCACUGUGGAGGAGGUGGAGGAGGCCAUGCAGGCAAGGCCACACAAGGUGGAUGGGAGAGUUGUGGAACCAAAGAGGGCCGUCUCAAGAGAAGAUUCUCAAAGACCUGGUGCCCACUUAACCGUGAAAAAGAUUUUUGUUGGUGGCAUUAAAGAAGAUGCUGAAGAACAUCACCUAAGAGAUUGUUUUGAACAGCAGGGGAAAACUGAAGUGACUGAAAUCAUGACUGAGCAAGGUAGUGGCAAAAAGAGAGGCUUUGCUUUCGUAACCUUUGAUGACCAUGACUCUGUAGACAAGACUGUCAGUCCGAAAUACCACACUGUGAAUGGCCACAACUGUGAAGUAAGGAAAGCCCUAUCUAAGCAAGAGAUGGCUAGUGCCUCAUCCAGCCAAAGAGGUCAGAGUGGUUCUGGAAACUUUGGUGGUGGUCACGGAGGUGGUUUUGGUGGGAAUGACAGCUUCGGUCGUGGAGGAGACUACAGUGGCCGAGGUGGCUUUGGUGGCAGCCGUGGUGGCGGUGGAUAUGGUGGCAGUGGGGAUGGCUAUAAUGGAUUCGGUAACGAUGGAAGCAAUUUUGGAGGCGGCGGAAGCUACAAUGAUUCUGGCAAUUACAACAACCAAUCUUCACAUUUUGGACCCAUGAAAGGAGGAAACUUUGGAGGCAGAAGUGCUGGCCCCUGUGGUGGUGGAGACCAAUACUUUGCCAAACCCCGAAACCAAGGUGGCUGUGGCGGUUCCAGCAGCAGCAGGAGCUAUGGCAGGGGCACAAGGUUUUAACUACUGCCAGGAAACAAAGCUCAGCAGGAGAGGAGAGCCAGAGAAGUGACAGGGAAGCUACAGGUUACAACAGAUUUGUGAACUCAGCCAAGCACAGUGGUGGCAGGGCCUAGCUGCUACAAAGAAGACAUG